UCGAUAACAAAUUAAUAUCCCUUUCCAUACUAAACUCAAUGAGCGUUGUUUUAAUUUUAUUCAAGGAUUGUUAUAAAAAGAAAGUUUCGCCGUUUAAGAUUUAAUAAUGACUCUAGAGUUAAAAGUAUUUAAUAAAUGGGGUUUAACAAAAUGUGGGGAAAUAGCAACUCUAUUGUCAGUGGGAAAAGAAGAGUUCUUUCUGAUGUGUGAAUUUUGUGACUUUACAUUUCUACAAUUGGAUAAGUUUAUACGACAUAUGUGUGAGAAUCAUAGGCUGAGUUUUAAUACCUUGGAAUCUGAAUCGGAGAGAAGCCCUACCUUAGAAGACAUAGAAUUCGAGGAACCAUGGCAAAAUCCUAUUGAGGUAAUCGAUGACAAAAGCUGUAUAUUAAAUGAAUUUGAGAGAGUUGAAUCUGAAUCGGAGAGAAGCCCUACCUUAGAAAACAUAGAAUUCGAGGAACCAUGCGAAAAUCCUAUUAAGGUAAUCGAUGACAAAAGCUGUAUAUUAAAUGGAUUUGAGAGAGUUGAAAUAGAACUGGAUUCAGGAGGAAUGGAUACUGCGUUACAUAUGAAGGAAGAAGACAUUCCAAACGAAUUUAUAAGUGAAGACAACGCGGUUAACAAUCCCGAAAACAAUAGUCCCAAGAAGACAGUUGAUGACAAUUCUAAAAAUUUAACUGAUACAAAAAUAGUAGACUACAAAAAUAUGGAUGAAAAAGAGUUCACUCUUGAGCUAAUAGACGUGUACCGAAAUUUACCAUCACUAUGGAACAAUAAACAUAAACAUCAUAUGAACAAAAACAAAAGGCGAGAAGAUUUUGAUAUUUUAUUAAAUAAAUAUAGAGAAAAAUAUCCCAAUGCCAAUAGAACAGUUGUUAUAAAGAAAAUUAAAAAUCUCCGAUCAGUAUAUCGUCGCGAAUUAAAAAGAUGUCCUCCAAAUGUAGUAUCCCGUCUGUAUUAUUUUGAAUCCAUGGAUUUCUUGAAGGACAACUAUUUAGCAGAAAAAAAGAUAUCGUUUAAAGUCUGCAAUAAUGUAAAAACUCAGAUAGAUGCUGAUGUCGCCAAUAACUCUAAUAUUUCUACCUCAGAUCCUAAUGGAAUCCACUAUAAAAAUACUGUUAAAAAAAAACAAGAUGGCCUAAACUCUGAGCAAAAAUUCGUUAUUGAGCUUAUUGAAUUGUACCGCACUUUACCGGCGUUGUGGGAUAAGAAAUGUAUUCAAUACAACGAUCGUGAAUCCAAAGCGAUACAAUACAAUAUUUUGCUAGAAAAAUAUAAGGAAAGAUAUCCAGAUGCUAACAAAGAUGACAUUAAAAGAAAAAUGAAAAGUCUACGACUAAAUAUGGGUAAAGAAUUAAAGCGUCCUUCUAGAACAAAGUUAUACUAUUUUGAUGCAUUGCGAUUUAUUUGCAACACUGACGCUCAAAGUGAAAAUCAAAACUUAUUGAAUGAUCUUGACGAUACAAGUGAUAUUUCCAUGGAUGGAGAUAACGAAGAACGUACAGAUGAAAUAAGCGAAAUUGACAGUGGAACAGAGUACACCGAGAUUUCAAAAGAACAAAGAAUAGAACAAAGUGAAACUGAGCAUGAUUUGGAUAACGAACAGAAUGAAGAACAUACAAAUAAGAGAAAAUUCAUUAUUGAAUUUUUAAAUUUGUAUCGCACUUUACCGGCUCUUUGGGAUUUUAACAAUGCAUCUUAUCAAAAUCGAGAAAUUAAAAAUAAGCAAUACGAAAUUAUGCUUACAAAAUACAGAGAGAUAAUGCCUAAUGCCAAUAUAUUUGACGUUAAGAAAAAGAUAGCUACUCUACGUUCAAAUUUCCAGCGAGAGGUAAAACGGUUAAGCACAUCUAAAUUGAAACAGCCUGCUCUGUUUUACUAUGACGCCAUAAGUUUUAUACGAAAAAAUGACUCGGAAUGUGAUGGACAAGAUAGAAUGGAUGAUUUGAAUGAAGAUGAGGAUAUCUCUAUGGAAGGCAACAAAAUUGAAUCAACGAAAGAAAUUAAUGAAAACGAAAAUAUAUCUCAAUGUGCUGCACUUACAGAGGAAAACCAAUUUAUUAUAGAGUUCAUUAAUUUGUACCGUUCUUUACCGGCUCUGUGGGAUAUGAACAUCAAAUCUUAUUAUGACCGAAAUAUAAGAAACAGAUAUUAUGAAGUUAUGCUUGCAAAAUACAGAGAAAUAAUGCCAAAUGCCAAUAUGUUGGAUGUUAAGAAAAAAAUCGCUGCUCUGCGUUCGAAUUUUCAGCGGGAAGUGAAUCGGUUGCGCGAGUCCAACAUGGAAGAACCCUCUUUAUAUUACUAUGAUGCAAUGAGUUUUCUACGUAACAAUUAUUCCGAUUGUAAUAAGGAAAUGGAGCAAAUCCUGGAUGAAAACGGAGAUUAUGAUUCUUUGGAUGAAAUUGACGACUCUGAAGAUGAUUCAUUUGUAGAACAGACAGACUUCUUACUAUAUACCGAUGAAGAUACACAAGAUCCAAUUGAAAGGAAAUUCACUUUGGAAUUAAUCGAAGUAUAUCACUCUCUCCCCGCAUUGUGGAAAAGGAAGAAUAAACACUUUUUUAAUAGAGAAUUUAGAAAGACACAAUAUGAAAUUUUGCUAACAAAGUACAGAGAAAUGUAUCCCAAUGCUGAACUAAAGGACGUAAGGAGCAAAAUAUACAGUCUCCGAACAAACUUUUGCACGGAAUUGAAACGUGUUGGCCCAAAAGGAACAUCUAAUCGAUACUAUUUUGAUGCAUUGAGCUUUCUACGCACUAACAAUAAACCAGUAGAGAGUUUAGAAAAAGUUAAGGAUACAACAAAUUUUGUUUUAGACGUUAAGCAAUUAAUAAUUUUGGCUACGAUUUACAAAGAGCACACCUGCCUCUGGAAUGAAAAGGACAUUACAUAUAGAUUCACAAAUAGGCGCGACGAAGCCAUGCAAUUUGUAUGUGAAAAAUUUAAUAAUAAAACUGGCUUAAAUUUGACGCAAAUUGAUUUAGAAAAAAAAGUUAAAACCCUGCGAAAAUUGUGUUCCUUCAUUAAGAACCGAAAACUAGUAGCCAAAAGAAAAAAUUUACAAUAUCAACUAAAAUUUGCAUAUUUUAAACAUCUUGAGUUUCUCGAAAAGGAUGUUGGACCUUUCGAUUGCCCGACAUGUAAAAAAAUAAUACAUGGUCCAGAUGCCUUUAAAGUACAUGUUGCCGGACAUGAUGGCUCCCUACCGUUUAUAUGUGACAUCUGCGGACAUGGUUAUCAGUUGUCUUCAAAUUUAGCAGUACACUUACGUAGACAUGUACAUGACUACACCUACGGUUGUGAGAUAUGCAACAAAUUUUGCGCCACUUCCACAGACUUGAAGACUCAUAUGCGUUCCCACACCGAGGAGAAGCCAUUCGUUUGUGAUCUUUGUGGGCACAGAACAGGAACAUCUUCUCAUCUUUUAGCACAUAGACGCCGACAUCUGAAACGACGUCUAUACAAGUGUGAACUAUGUCCUAAAACCUUCUACGAUAAACAAAUAUUAAAACAACACCAGAAAAUUCACAGUAGUGUCAGAGAUAAAAUAUGCGAUAUAUGCAAUAAAGGCUUCAUUACCAACAAUAAACUACGUCAACAUCGUCUCAUUCAUGACCCAGAGAAAAAGUACUCUUGCAAAAUUUGUGGAAAACGUUUUGCCCAAUCUGCUGGUCUUUGUGGGCAUAUGAAAUCACAUGGAAAUGAUACAACAAAUUUUGUUUUAGACGUUGAGCAAUUAAUAAUUUUGGCUACGAUUUACAAAGAGCACACCUGCCUCUGGAACGAAAAGGACGUUACAUAUAGAUUCACAAAUAGGCGCGACGAAGCCAUGCGAUUUGUAUGUGAAAAAUUUAAUAAUAAAACUGGCUUAAAUUUGACGCAAAUUGAUUUAGAAAAGAAAGUUAUAACCCUGCGGAAAUUGUGUUCUUUUAUGAAGAACCAAAAACUAGUAGCCAAAAGAAAAAAUUUACAAUAUCAACUAAAACCUGCAUAUUUUAAACAUCUUGAGUUUCUUGAAAAUGAUGUUGCUCCUUUCGAUUGCCCGACAUGUAAAAAAAUAAUAACUAGUCCAGAUGCCUUUAAAGUACAUGUUGCCUCACAUGAUGGCUCCCUACCGUUUAUAUGUGACAUCUGCGGACAUGGGUUUCAGCUGUCCUCAAAUUUAGCAGUACACUUACGUAGACAUGUACAUGACUACACUUACCGUUGUGGAGUAUGCAAAAAACUCUACGCCACAUCCACGGAACUAAAGAUUCAUAUGCGUUUGCACACCGAUGAGAAGCCAUUCGUUUGUGAUCUUUGUGGGUUCAGAACAGGAACAUCUUCUCAUCUUUUAACACAUAGACGCCGACAUCACAAACAACGCCUAAAAGUCUACAAGUGUGAACUAUGUCCUAAAACCUUCUACGAAAAACGAACAUUACACGAACACCAAAAUGUUCACAGUGCUGUCAGAGAUAAAAUAUGCGAUAUAUGCAAUAAAGGCUUCAUUAACAGCAAAAGGCUACGUCAACAUCGGCUGAUUCAUGAUCCCGAGAAAAAGUUCUCGUGCAAAAUUUGUGGAAAACGUUUUGCCCAAUCUGCUGGUCUCUGUGGGCAUAUGAAAUCACAUGGAAACAUAAAAUAGAAAUAAAAUAUAUUCACAGCUUUGAAUUUAACUCCUUAAUUAGUAAGUUAUUGAUUAUCCAAUAAAUCAGAUAAUUAACCGAAUUGUUUAUUUAUUGGUUGAAUGUUAUACUUAAUUAAAUAAAUAAAUUAAAUCAAACGUAUAUCUUACUUUUGGUAAGAUAAUAAUAAAGAAUUAAUCGAA